GUUGAGGGGAGGACCCGCGCGUUUCCCGCCGGACGCCGGUUAAGGGGACGCCGUGACCAUGGCACCGCGCGCUUCCGGUGCCGCCGGCCGAGCUGGGACAGCGGGAACGGGACGGCGGGAACGGGACGGCGGGAUAGCGAGAUCGGGGUUGGGACAGCGGGAACGGGGCCGGGACAGCGCGAACGGGGCCGGACAGCGGGAUCGGGGCCGGACAGCGGGAUCGGGGCCGGGACAGCGGGAUCGGGGCCGGGAUAGUGGGAUCGGGGCCGGGAUAGUGGGAUCGGGGCCGGGACAGCGGGAACGGGGCCGGGACAGCGGGAUCGGGGCCGGGAUUAGGGCGGGACAGCGGGAGCGAGCGGUGCUCUCUCAAGGACGGCAGCCGUGGGAGGGAAGCGGAGCCCCGGGGCUGUUCCCGCUGUCCCGGCUCCGUUCCCGUUCCCGGCCCUGCCGAGAGAAGGCGCCGCUGGCCGCAGCCCUGAGGCUGUCCCAUGGAGGCGGAGAGCGGCUCGGGCGGCAGCCGGGACUCGCUGGGCAGCCUGACGGCGGCCGAGGUGCUGGUCCGUUCCACGGCGGCCCGCAGGGAGCAGCCCCCGGGCGGCGGCCGUGGCCGGAAGAUGCCGGUGGCCGUGCAGAAGCUCCGGGACGGGAGCUCGCCCUGCCCCGCGGACUCGGCUGCGGACGGAGCUCCCCGUGCCAGCCCCGCCAGGGCUCCGGGCGGCACCGGCGCCACCCGCGACUCCCCCGGCGCCGCUGCAGGAGUCCUAAGCACCAAAGCAUAUCCAGAACGCCUGCUUCCAGUUGAAAAUUCCGAGCCCAUGUUUUUAUCCCAAAAGGAUUCUCCUAAAGAAGCCACAGCACAAAAUGGUCCUUUGGUGCUGCUGGAAAAUAGCAGAGGAUCUGAAGAUGAUGUUUUUAUUUCCCAGUAUGCUACUGGCCAGAAGGAGGCUCUGAGAGCAGCAUUAAUGCAAAAAACUCAGGUUAUUCCUGUUCAUAAGGAGGUGAAGGUGCAGCUCUUGGGAAGUGCCUCCACAGAAAAAAGGGAAGGUGCUGGGAGUGACACCAGGUCAGCACCCAGGGAAGUUGAGUCUGCAACAACCAUUGCAGCAGCCACUGCUGCUGCCAUUGCCACCACAGCUCCACUUCUCAAGGCUCAAAAUGAUUUGGAAGCAAAAAUGAACUCAGUUUCAGAACUGCUUCAGAAACUGCAGGAGACAGACAGGCAGCUGCAACGAGCAUCUGAACAGCAAAAAAAUGUGAAGGCUCAACAUGAGGAACCCCACUACCAGCAGAGAGUCAGUGAGCUUGAAAAACAAAUGAAUACUUUCAUGGUGCAAAGAAUUCAACACCUGGAAAAGCUACAGGAGCAACAAAUGAAUAUUCAGUCCCAUCUCAUCAGCUCUGCAGUGAACACCCGUGGCCUGCAGCAGGGUCCUGUGCCUGCCCCUGGGCCCCUGGCAGGGCACUGGGAGAAGCCAGAGCAGAGAUCACUCACUAAUGAAGCACCUUCAUCUCACAGGGGUUUAUUCCCUGCCAGUGCUGCACCUGCCCAAGUUUUCCCUGAAGCAUAUUCAAGCAAUUUUCCAAGUCAUGGGGUUCAUACACAAAAAUCUCCUCUAAAGACACCAGUUCCUCGAAGAUAUCCUCCAGAACCUGUGCCCAAAAAUGGGAAAAUCUCAGAGAAAGAAAACUCUGUAGUAGAAAAAGAAAAUACUUCCAAACCUACAAGAGAAGGUGAAGGGAAAGGUGUGGAACACGUUUUGAAUUCUCAGGAAACACCAGUAAAGCAAACUGAAUAUUCCAAGAAGACAGCAUUAAACAGCAAUGAAAGGAGCAGGAAUACUGAGAGAGACAGACAAAAAGGUUUGCCUGCAGACCUAAUUCCUUAUUUUGAGAGGUGCAAUUCAAUUGAGAAAGCAGUGCAAAAGGCAGAUGAUCUUCUUCAAGAUCUUGGCAAGUUGAGAAGAGAAAUGCACAACAUUCUGCAGGAAGCAAGUUCAUGGAAAACUGACAUUACUGAUAUUAUUAAGGCAAAAACUUCUCCUGUUUCACCUGAUCCUCCUGAACAUCAUCUAGUCAGCAAACCAUCCAUCCUUCAAAAUGUCCAAGUGCCAAAGUCUAUCCUGACAGAUGCUGAAAGGAUUUUGAGAGGAGUGCAGAACAAUAAAAAAGUCCUUGAGGAGAAUCUGGAAGCUGUUACUCAUGCAAAAGAUGGAGAGGCCAUGUAUGCUUUCAGUAACUCCUUGACUACAAACAGAGAUGUCCUGGAAGAGAUUCGUAUUCGAAGGACUGUGGAUGAGUGGAUCAAGGCAAUCAGUGAGGAAAUCCAGGCUGAAAUAGCAAAAAGUGAUUCAGAACAAGGGAAAUGUGAUCAAAAAGCCCCAUGGAACAAGAAAGCCCAAAACCUCAGGGCUGUGAAGACCAAGAAAGAAACUAAAGAGAAAACUGAAACCAUCCAGGGAGGCUUGACAAAAAAGCUUUCACCUCCAGCUCAGCCAGUGCAGAAGCAGGUGGAAGAUAACACAAAGAAACAGAAGUUUAGAACUUACUUUUCUGAAGAUGUGCAAAUCAAAGAAAAAAAGGCAGAUGGAGAUGUAGGUGGAACUGCACUGCUGCAAAAUGAAGAUUAUCUGGCUCAUGUUUAUGGGAAGCCCAUUUACCAUGGCCGCCGGAGCACGCUUAAAAAAGGGCCCUACCUGAGAUUCAACUCUCCCUCUCCCAAAUCUAAACUUCCCAGACCCAAGCUGAUAGAGACUGUUAGAGGGACAAAGGUGAAGUCAGCAAGGACCCAGACCUCCUUUCACACACAGAAGGUCAUCAGCAGCCCUAAGAAGAAGGAUCCUGUGUAUGCCCCUGCCCAGCAGAGCCAGUACCUCUUCAGCCCCAGCCAGGAUGUCCCUGCUGCCUCUGGUCCUCUGGAAGGUCACCUCAUCCCCAUGGCCAUUCCCCUAGGUCAAACCCAAAGCAGCAACACAUCAGUGCAGCCUGCUGGAGUAAUCAUAGAUAAACCACACCCUGUGACAGUUACAACCUCCCUUCCUCCAGUGCCACCAAAGCCUCCAGUGGAGGUAAAAAAGCCAAAUGUAGCUGUGAUAGAGAUGAAAUCAGAGAAAAAGGAGCCACCUCAGCUCUCUGUGCAGGUGUUGCCAAAUGUUGAUAUUGACAGUGUUUCAAGUACCAGGGCUGUAAGUCCUGUUCCUCCAAGCUCUGAGCCCCUGCUCCCUCCUGUCAAUGCUGUAAUACAGACUCCAGAAGAAAUACACAGUGAAGAGGAAGACACAAAGCUUCCAGGAGCUAACUUCAUUGAUGUUACUGAUGUCACACAGGAUCAGGAAGAGGAGAAGGAUGAAAUUCCAGAAUUCCUUGAGCCUGUUCUGGAGCUUAAUGGCCAGUUUAAAGUUCCCUCUCCAGAACACAAUAGUCCUUUGUUUCCUCCUGUGGCUUCUGCUCCUCAGCAGCCUGCUGAUGUGUUGGAUGAACUGAUUCAAAAGAGAGAAACUAUAGAAAACAAGUUGGUAAAUUGGGUGGAACAAGAAAUAAUGGCAAAAAUUAUCAGUGAGAUGUGCCCAGCUCAGACAGAAGCAGCACCCAGCAUUAGCAGCUCCAUAAAGAGUGAAGACAGUGAGGCUGUAACCCCUGGCAUUGUUGAAGUUGCAGGUGGUGGAGGAUUCCAGCUCUUUGUCAAUGCUGGUGUCCCUGUGGACUCAGAAAUGAUAAAUAAUUUUGUAAAGGAAGCUCUCAGUGAAACCAUUGCAACCAUGCUGGGUGACAGCCAGGCUCAGAGAACAGUUCCUGAUCCUCUUCCUCCCAGCACCACCUCAGUGAUGGAGGCUCCUGUGCCUACUCCAGUGCCAACACCCCAGGCCACACCACCACCAACACCACCUUCAGAAAAAGAAUUGCCUCAGGUCAAAACUCCAGAUUCAUCUCCAUCUCCUCCAGAGAUGAGUGGGGAUGUUCAUGAACAUGAAAAAAUUAAAGAAACAGGAGUUGAGAUUGCAGCUGCCAGGGGCCCUGUGGUCACCCCUGUGGUCACCCCUGUGGUCACUCCUGUGGUCACCCCUGUCACCACACCUUCCCCAGUCACCACACCAAGCCCUCCUGUCUCAGAAUGGGGCUCCCAGGCUGAAAAAAGGGAAAGUCCAAAGCUUCCAAACCCGUGGGAUGGUGCAGAACUUCCUCUGGAAGAAGAGAACCCCAGUCCUGUCCCUGAAGAGCCAUUCUGUCCUGAGACUGUGGAGAUGUCAGUGGCCAAUGAUGAGGAACCAGAGGCCUUGGUUUCCCCAUCUCAGCAGCUGCCAGGGAGGCCCUUGGAGCCCCUGCCCUGCCCUGCCCAGGUGCCAUCACCUGUGCCCACAGUGAGCUCUGGGAUGUCCAGCCAGGAGAGCAGCCUCACCCCCACAGGGACUGAGACCACAGACAGACCCCUCUCAGAAGGGGAGGUGCUCUUCCCCUAUGGACAGCCACUGCCUGCAGCAGCCUUAGCAGAAGGGGGAUUAUCUUUUCCAAACCUGGCUGAGAGCUUAUCCAGUACUCUCCAAGAUGCCAAUGAAAUGGAUUAUGAUCCUCCAAGUGAAGGGCAGGUGGUGAGGAGAAUGGGCAAAGGCCGUCACAGGGAUCCUGUCCUGGCUCUUUUAACCAAAUUAAAUCAAGUACCUGUUUUUGUACAAGAAAGAAUAGAGCACUCAGAGGAUUCUGAUGGCAGCAUUGGGGAGCUCAGUGAAGGGCAGAGGCCAAGGCUGUCCAGGGCACAGGAGAGAAUCCUGAUGGGAAAUUCCAUUUUUAUGGAGCAUCCAGCUGCCCACAGCUUUGGGACCAGACCAUGCCAGGCUCUCCGUUCUGCAUCUCCAGGGCAGCUUGCCCAAAUUGGAGCAGAAAUUCUUGGAGAUGCAGAUACAAGUCGUAGUCCAAUGCUUUUGGCUGAACUGGAGUCACAGCCAGGUUCAAAUCCUGCUCUGCCAGCAGCCCAGCCAAGCUGCAGAAUGACACCACUCCCAGAGGAUCUGUCCCAGGAGGAAAGCCAAGGAACUGCACAUGUUCAGGCUGUGAGACCGCGAGUUAUCUUUGUGGGAAGGAAAUCUGAGAUGCAACAAGAAGGAGAUGCUGCCCCUCAUCUGAACCCUCAUCUUUCUGCAGCAGGGGUGUCAGUGCAGCUGCCUGGCAUGAGAACAGCUAAUGAAACACAGAGUCUGAGCAGUGCACGUGGAGAUUCAGAUUCUUCAGGGACAGACACAUUUUAAAGCUCAGGGCUGUUUAUGGCAGUCUCUGUCUGAAGAUGUUGUCACUGGUACGUUUGUCUGUCUAGUGUGAUAGUCUGGCUGUUCCAUCAAAAUAAAAGUCUUUCAGUACUGUUCAUUUUCUACUAUUUUUUCUUACAAUUUUGUUAUUAUUUUAAAUGAUUCUGUCUGUGAAUAUAUCAAUUAUUUUUAAGCAAAUAAAAUUCAUUUUUUUCCAGAAUUGUCGUGAGUUUAAGUCAAUAAAGACCUUUUAAAUAUU